ACAGCUUCCUCCUUCCUUCGGAUGAAACUAUGAUGCAUAGCUAGCUAGAGGAUAAGAAAAAGAUUGACCAUGGUAGAAGUAGUAGUCGACUGUGUGAUUUUGCUCCCCAAGCAUGCUUCUGUGGACGCCUGGUUCCACUCGCAUGCGCUACUAGAAAACAACAAGCGUGGAGACUCUAGUAUUCGAGUACUCCAAUGCCAUCCAGAAGCACCGGGCUGUGUCUGGCGAGGACUCGCACCGUGUUGGCUGCAGUCGUCCCAAAAGACGGCGCGGCGGUGUUUGUUGGCGCAUCUUCAGCUUGUGGGGUUUUUCACGUCAUCAACGGCAGCUAGUAGCGGUACUAACGGUAUGGAAGUAGGCCAUGAGGAACUCUUGGAAGAGUUGCGCGGCAAAGUCUACGGGAGAAGAGUUAGGCUGAGCUUGGAAUCAUCCACAACAUCUACAAGUAAUCACCAACAACGACGACUCUUAUUGAUUUGGAUCCAACCACCGUCCACAACAUACUAUCAAACGAAUUUCAGCAAGACGCUCAUUACAUGGGAACACACCAUGAUUCUCUACCAGAGUCUCGCGGCGUGGAUCUCUACAUUGGGCGGUGGCUUUUUCUUUUGUCGGUAUUUGGGAACGGCGGUGCGAUUGGCGAAGCAGCAACGACAAAUUGCACUCCUCAUGGGAGAUCACACCAUGGCAUACAAGUGUACCAUCAAUGAAGCCUACAGUUAUAUUUAUGCGGGACACUUUGCCAAAGCACUCCAAACGAUUGAUUUUGUGGACGUCCUUCACAGUCGUGUCGAUACGCAAAAGCAGUUGGACACGACCAUUCAAAACAUGUGUCAGAGUGCGCGACUCUUUUGUAUGCGAGUCAGAAAAGCCUCGAAGAAACUCAAGACGUCGCGCACGCAGCAACCGGCACGGAAUAUUGAUGAUUUCCAGAGAAUACGUGUCAUUCAAUAAUAGUACCUGGUAAUUGCAAUAACAAAUUUCAAUCCACUCAUGUAAUCAAGAGGGUAUCCGUGAAGACUGAUCAAUCGCUCGCUCCUCUCUUUCCCA